CACCCACCGGAGUUCAUCAAAGUUUAGCCCAGGUCCAGUCUGUGAGAAUACUUGGAGAACUUAUCAAGGAGUAACGUUAGGCUUAGCUACGUAACUAUUUGGUCGCUUAAGUUGUAUAUCAUUUAUUGGAGAGGGUGGGUUGGAGAACAUCAGCCUCUGGCAUUUGUUUUUUACACCAGAUCUGCUGUUGUAAAAAAAGAAAGAAAAAAACAAAAAACAAGGAGGCAAAUAAACAGACCAGAUUUAUUCAACAGGGUUGAAUAAGAAGGAUUUAAGUUGGACUAGACUGCCGUCGACUGAUAAUUGUGGAACGAUGGAUACUCGUAAGCGGAUCGGGCAUCGGAUCGGGAAAGGCCCUGCUCGACGAAACCUGUUUGGCCCAGUCGACAGAGAGCAGCUGCAGGUGGAGUACCAGGCUGCCCUGCAGGAAGACCUGGAGGAGGCUUGCCAGCGAUGGGGCUUCGACUUCAUCACAGACAAGCCUCUGGAGAGCAGCGAUUUCCAGUGGCAUGCCAUCCCAGCCAACAAGGUGCCGCUGAUCUACAGAUCCUGUAUGCUUGUUCCAGGACGUACAGAAGGUCAGAGGACAGCAGAGGCAGCAGUUAAGCCCAAGGGACAAGGAAGGGUGGAGCCACCACAGAGUGACAAGGAGAACAUCCCAUGUUCGCCAGAGAGAUGUGCGCUCAACCUGGAGAAAACACCAGAGAGAAGAGAGAACACAGGGCUGAAGAGGAAGCAGACAAACAUUACAGAUUUCUAUCAGGCUAAAAGAAGAGUAGUUUGGAUGCCACUCAAAUCCGGCGAGUGAUUUGCGGUGCAGUAUCCUGCAAAAGUUGGCAAUAUCCCAAGAGAACCACACAAACAGUGCUACACUCAGGAAAUCUACAGUCUGCACAGCCACUCGCCAGGAGGUACUGGACCCAGUGAAUUAUCUGACAACAGAAGAGACCUCAGCUAUACAUAAUUAUAAUAUAUUACUGUAAGGUAAAUUAGGGUACUGUAUUCACUCUAAGGGGGGUUGGUGUUUACCCAGUGGUAAGAAGGGGACAUUUGAGCAGAGAAGAUUAACGGUAAUCUCUCGAAUCAGUGGAUUUAUACUGAUUUGGAUCAUGGGGAUGCCAAAGAGUUGAGUGACAUUUCCUACUGUACAUUCCACAGGUCUGAAAAUGCAUGUCACCUCUGUACUGUUAGCAGUAUGGAGAUAUGAUGAUGGACACAUUACUGCAGAGACUUGAAACAGAUGUCAUGUUGGUUAUAAUCAUUGUGACAAGUUGCAGAAUAAUCUUAAACCCUUUGGUUUCUCUGUUCAGAUCCACUCUUUUUUUUUUUUUAAGUGAAUCACGAGGGCUAGCAGUUAUUUUGUGUGUUGAAAUGCUUGAAAGAUGUUUGAUAUCCUGUACAUGCAGUUGCUUUGCUUUAGAUUUUUAAUGUGCCAUCAUGUCCUCUUUCAUUUUUUCCAUCGGCUGUAAGUCGAUGGAUUUAUCAAAACAGAUCUCCACAAGUGCCCUGUCUGGACUCUGACAUUGUAGGUUAGGAGCGUAGCACCAUGUCUUAGGAACACUUAAAAACAUUUAUAUUAGGGUUUAUAUAUAUAUCAGAUAUUGAUCUAUAGAGUUUAAUACAGCAUGGUUAUGUAGCACAAUUAUAAAAAUAAAAAAAAAAACCAAAAAACAUUGCAGUGUUGCACAUACAUCUGACGGUGUGUCCAAAGCACCCAGGAUCAAGUGCCUUUACGGUAUUUGUUCCGGUAUUUGAAACUUCGUAAAGGAUAUUCAGAAGAACGUCCUCUCAGAAGCAAAUUAAUUUACUAAGGUAAAGCUAACAUGCUUUAUUCUUUUCUAUUUGGAAUCAUAGUGCAAUUUUGACUGACAAUGUGUUGUGAUCUGCCUCAAAACAAACGUUUGUUCUUGAUACUUAUUUCGGUCCAUGUCCGCAAAUCUUGUUGCUAUGGUUAAUCAGAAUGGGUGUCAAACAAGGUCAAUGUAAUGCUAAUCCUUACCAACUGACAGCUUAACAUGUUCGCCGCUGCAAAUACGGAGCUAAGCAAAGAACAGCAUUACCCCACACAAUGAAUGCACUUCUGUUUGUAGAUGCUUGUGCACAGGUCCUACAUAUUGUUUUGUGUUAAAAACUACAAAUGAAAAUAUCUAUCUUUAUUUAUUGUGAGAUAUUAUGCCUUGUGUUGAUUUAGUUUUUGUUUAAUUAUGAGAAUUACAAUAAAAUUGUGAAACUUU